UGCUCUCUUCCCACCACGCAGGGAGUGGCUGUGGGCCCCUGCAGCAGCUGACGUGUCUCUUGCUGGAGAGGAGUGGAGCAGAGUGCCAUGGCGAGGACAGGGCAAGCUGGCACCAUGAAUACCUCCAUCUUCCUGUGCCUCUUGAUCAUCCUGCUCACCAGGGGCUCUCCAGCAGCGUGUGUUGGAGACAACAGCUCUGCAUCCCACAGCACAGCCAGCACUGCAGAGAAACCUGUCCUGUUGGACAAUGUUGAGGAUGCUGAAGCCUUCAUCAGUGGGGCAGAGGUAGCAGUCAUUGGAUUCUUCCAGGAACCGGAGAGCCCCGAAGCCUCGCAGUUUCUCCUGACGGCCGGCCGGAUCCCGGAGGUGCCCUUCGGCCUCAGCACCAGCCCCGCGGUUCUGUCCCACUACGGCGUCGAGGCGAACACCGUCACGUUAUUCCGCAUGGUAGACAAUCAGCGGAGGGAUCUGGAUAUGAACAACAAUGAUAUUGAUGCUGAGAAGAUGACUCGUUUCAUUCGAAUCAAUGAGCUUCGCCUGGUGACAGAGUACACCCCUAUGACAGCGAUAGGUGUGAUGCAGAGUUCGUUCCAGCUUCACCUUCUCCUGGUCACAGACAAAACGUCCCCGAAGUACCCUGAGCAAAUGCGCAGAUAUCGGGAGGCAGCAGAGCUCUUCAAGGGAAAGAUUCUCUUUAUCCUGGUAGACAUUAAUUUGAAAAGCAAUGAACGAACAGUGUCAUUCUUCAAACUGAAGAAGUCCCAGCUGCCAGCUCUGGCUAUAUUCAACGCACCAGAUGAAGAGCAGGAUGUCUUAACUCUGGAUGAAGUCUCCAUUGAGCGUGUACAGGACUUCUGUAAUGGUUUCAUCGAAAGAAUGGAGAAGGGUGAAGAUGAACCUGAGGAGAAGGCUCCCAAUGAGGAACUAUGAUUCUUUCUCAGCCAUCAGGAUGACUGUUCCCAGAGUCUGUUUCUGGCAUAUGAAGAGUUCACUGAGCCCCACAGCUUAGGAAUUCCUGGGAUGGCAGGAUUAUGGGACCACGUCAGUCAUGGAUUCCCAUCUCCAUGCCAUGUACAUAUAUGCUGUCUGUCCUUUCUAGGAAUCUCUUCUCCCUUCUCAUUUGCUGUCUCCAGCUCUCAUUUUCUCAGUACUCCAGUAGUUCUGGUAUUACCCUACACUGUAUCCUUCCAUGACAGCUCUGUGACACAGCAAAGUGGCAAUAUCAGAAAUGAAGAAUAUAGUUCCCAGAGAUGUUUCCCUCAUUCUCUUUUCUCUCGGUGCCAUGCUGAGUUCCACUGUCAGCCUCUCCUGACACUGGGAAUAGAUUGGUUGCUUGAUAUCACAUGAACUUUUCCAUUUAUUUUACUAAAUAAAACAGAAAGUGAAUAGCCUGA